GCCAGUGCCUAGUUACUCCUCCAAAGAUUUACUGACAAGUGUACCCCAUCCUCGCGCGGACAUACAGGAGUUGAUCAGGUCGAAUAAAGAGCUCGAGAGCACUUCAGAGGUUUUGUUAUUUUAAGCAGAUGGGCGGAAAGAAACAUGAGGAAGAGCAAAACAGCUCCGAGUAUGGUCAACCGGUUCAAUAUGACCCCACAUUCAAUGGCCCCAUUCACAAAAGGAGCUGUACAGACAUCAUAUGUUGUGCUCUGUUCAUGCUGGUCAUCACCGGUUACAUGGUGGUCGGAAUUCUUGCCUGGUUAUAUGGAGACCCGCGGCAUGUGCUGUAUCCCAGGAACUCCACCGGAAUGUUCUGUGGACUCGGAGUGAACAAAGAUAAGCCUAAUGUCAUGUAUUUUGACAUCCUCAAAUGCGCCACAGCGACCAACAUCAUGGCUGCAGCUCUACAGGGACUCCAGUGUCCAACCACACAGGUUUGUGUGAAGUCGUGUCCGGCUGAGUUUUGGGCGUUGUCUCCGUUAGCAAACUUGGCGAACGCAAAGCCGGCGGAUUAUUUCAAACAGGAAUACUGUGUGCCGUCAUUUCAACUGCAAGAUACAAAACUUUCAUCUAUGCAGAUCAUAAACCAAGAGCUGUGUCCAUUUUUCCUCACACCAACAACCUCUGUGUUGGGAAGAUGUUUGCCCAGUUUUGGAGGAGAUGCGUUUAAUCCAAGUAACAUUCCCACAAACUUCAGCAUUAAUAACAUGAGUGCAAAUCAGUCUGUGAACGCCAUCAUGAAUGCAACAGGUUUUGCAGGUGCAUCAAACGACCUGGUAAACGGUUUUAACGCCAAAGACGUCGGCUUGCGCAUCUUUGAGGACUUCGCAAAUUCCUGGCAGUGGAUCGUAGCUGGUCUGGUUAUUGCAAUGGUGGUGAGCGUACUCUUCCUGCUGUUGAUGCGCUUCACGGCGCCCAUCCUGGUGUGGGUGCUCAUCAUUGGGGUUUUGGCUGUGGGUGCUUUCGGUAUCUGGUACUGCUAUAAUGAAUAUCAGUCGCUGGCUAACUCGAACCUGACCUUCAAUAAUGUGGGCGUCACCUCUAAUGUUCAAGUCUAUCUGCAGGUGCGAGACACCUGGCUGGCGUUCUUGAUUAUUCUGUGUGUUGUCGAAGCAAUUCUGCUGUUGGCGUUAAUCUUCUUGAGGACUCGUAUUCUCAUCGCCAUCGCCCUUAUUCAAGAGACCAGCAAGGCGUUGGGUCACAUGAUGUCGACUCUUUUCUACCCCAUCAUCACAUUUGUACUGCUGUUGGUGUGUGUGUCGUACUGGGGCAUCACAGCACUAUAUCUGGCUACAUCAGGUGGGCCCAUGUACAAGGUUGUGGCACUAAACACCUCUCAGGGCGACUGCAGCACCAUAGGCGCCAAUGUGACAUGCGACCCUGAGAAGUUUAACAUUACGCAGUACCCCACGUGUCCGUCUGCUCGCUGUGUGUUUAUAAACUAUAACACAGAGGGUCUGUUCCAGAAGAAUCUCUUUAACCUGCAGAUCUAUAACGUGGUGGCGUUCCUGUGGUGUGCUAAUUUCGUCAUUGCUCUGGGACACUGUACGCUGGCUGGAGCGUUCGGCUCGUAUUACUGGGCCUUCAGUAAACCUGCAGAUAUCCCGACAUUCCCGCUGACACAGUCCUUUAUGAGAGCACUACGGUAUCACGUGGGCUCGCUGGCGUUCGGCGCUCUGAUUCUCACGCUGGUUCAGCUCGUCAGGAUCAUUCUGGAGUAUUUGGAUCACAAGUUUAAAGAGGCGCAGAACCCGUGCACGCGGUUCAUCAUGUGCUGUCUCAAAUGCUGUUUCUGGUGUCUGGAGAAGUUCAUCAAGUUUAUCAACAGAAACGCUUACAUCAUGAUCGCCAUAUACGGGAAAAACUUCUGUGUGUCGGCUAAGAACGCUUUCUCUCUGCUCAUGAGGAAUAUUGUGAGGGUGGUGGUUCUGGAUAAAGUGACGGAUCUUCUGCUGUUCUUCGGGAAGCUGCUGGUUGUUGGUGGAGUUGGUGUGCUGGCGUUCUUCUUCUUCUCCGGCAGAAUUCCGGGUUCAGGAACCACGUUUGAAACCGCUGCUCUGAACUACUACUGGAUGCCCAUCAUCACGGUUGUAUUCGGAGCGUACCUCAUUGCUCACGGGUUCUUCAGUGUCUAUAACAUGGGCGUCGACACACUCUUCCUGUGUUUCUUGGAGGAUCUGGAGCGUAACGAUGGCAGUCCACAGAAACCUUAUUUCAUGUCCAAAAACCUGAUGAAGAUCUUAAACAAGAAGAACAAACAGCCAAAGACAGGCUGAUGAUGAAGAUGAUGAUGACUAUGAUGGUGAUGAAGAUGAUGACGAUGGUGAAACGUUUCACACUCAAGCACAGUCACUUUUAAACUCAAAAUACAGAACGCAAUUAAUGUUCAGACACUUUUAAAACCACUUUAUUCUCCAUUUCAUUUUCUGUUUUUAAGUACUCAAAAUCCCUCUAAAACCAGCAAACCAGACCUGUAAAGCACCUUACGUAAGCCGUGUUCAAGCAGGGAAACACAAGUUACUGUUUUAUCUUGUCCAUCAUAACCACCAGAGAUUAUUUAAGGAUGCUGUCCACUGUUAAUCUGCUUUAAUGAAAAUGUGCCAGUGAAUUUCAGCUUCUGUUUGAGGCACUUUGAAGCGAACACAAGAAACGGACUCGAGAAACGGUCAGUGCAUUUGGACUGAAGUUGUCUGUGAGCCAAAGCGCCAUUAUUAGCACUAUAAAUAUGAUUUCUAUUCCAUUUGUAUUUAGUCUUUGAAGAUAUGCAAAGCUAGACUGUGUGUGUGAAAAAGUAUUUGUGUAUUUUUCACACCAAAUUGUUUUAGAUCUUCAGAAGAGAUAUAAUGUAAAACAAAGGCAACCUGAGUAAACACAGAAUACAGUUUUCAAAUAUAUAUUUUUUAUUGAAGCAAAAGUGUUAUCCAACACCGAUAUCACCCAUGUGAAAAACAAACUGCAUCAAACGUGUCUGAUAUCUGGAGAUCAGUCGUUCACAACACUGUGGGGGGAUUCUGUCCCGCUAUUCUUCACAGAACUGCUUUAGUUCAGACACACUGGAGGGUUUUUGAUCAUGAACUGGCCGUUUAAGGUCCUGUCACAGCAUCUCAAGACAGGACUAUGACUGGGCCACUCCAAAACUUUAAUAUCUCUUCUUUUGAGUCAUUCAGAGGUGGACUUACUCCUGUGCUUUGGAUCAUUGUCUAAGUUGUGCUUGAGCUUCAACUCACAGACUGAUGACGGGACGUUCUCCUUUAGGAUUUUCUGGUGGAGCAGAAUUCAUGUGUUCCUCAAUUAUUGCAAGUUUAAACCCCCCACACAGUCACACGACCACCAUCAUGCUUGACCGUAGGUAUGAUGAUCUUUUAGAGGAAUUCUGUGUUUGAUUGACAGCAGAUGUAACGGGACCCCUGUCUCCCAAACACUUCCACUUUCAACUCAUCAGUCCACAGAACAUUCUCCCAAAAGCACUGAGGAUCAUCAAGGGGUGUUUUGGCAAAAUUUCAGAUGAGUCUUAAUGUUCUUCUGGGUCAGCAGUGGUUCGCCACUCUUGCAUGGAUGGCAUUUUUGCCCCGUGGCUUUCUGAUAGUGGAGUCAUGAGCGGUGACCUUUAUUGAUGCGAGAGACGCCUGCAGUUACUUGGAUUUUUGUGACUUCCUGGAUGAGUCGUCGCUGUGCUCUUGGAGGAAUUUUGGAAGGACAGACACUUCUGGGAGGGUUCACUACUGUGCCAAGUUCUCUCCAUUUGGAGAUAAUGACUCUCAGUGGGGUUCUUUGGAGUCCCAGAACCUUUGAAAAAACUUUGUACCCCUGCCCAGACUGAUGUACUUCAAUCACCUGUUUUUCUUUCAACCACGGCAAUAGUGUGCUACUGGGUGAGAACUUUUAGCCAACUUCAUGCAGCUGUAAACGUUGUAUUUAGGUGUUGAUUUGAUUGAACAGGCCUGCAGUAAUCCGGUCCAGCCAAACCCCAUUAUGAAUGCAGUUUCAUAGAUUUGGGAUGUAGUAACUAAGGGGGACAAAUACUUUUUCACACAGGCUCAAUUGAUGUUGGAUCACUUUUUUGCUUCAUUAAAUAACAUUAUCAUUUAAAAACUGUACUUGUGUUUUCUCAGAUUGCUUUUGUUUUAUGUUUGAGAUUGAUUGAAGUUAUGAAACAAUUUAGUGCGAGAUAUAUUCACAAAAACAGACGAAAUCAGGAUGGGGCAAAUACUUUUUCACAGCACUAAUAAUAUAUAUAUAUAUAUAUAUAUAUAUAUAUAUAUAUAUAUAAACUAUAUUGCAUGUAUAACUGUUAUUGAUGACAGAUUUUUGGUGUAGAUUAAUAAUUACAUUUGAACAUGUUUUUACGGCCAAUUUUUUCACUUUGAAAUGCACAAUCAAAUAAAAACACAUUCCAACAUUUUUAAUCAAUUUAAAUUUUUAAAGAGUUUUUUUAUUGUUUUAUCAUUGCAUUAGCGUGUGCGCACAUGUUCACACUGUUUUAUUUGAUUUGUAUAUCUGUUACUGUGUGAUUUUACUGUAAGUGGAUAUGAACUGAGAUAUUUAUUGAGAUAUUAAAAUGUAAUAA